AUGCAUGGCGUCCAGCGAGCCAGCGAUGCACUACUGCACAGCUGGUACGGCAGGCAAGAUGCUUGUUUGACGAAGUGGAAGGGCGAGGGCGAGAGCGAGGGCGAGGUCGAGGUGGUGGAGCGGCGCGGCGUUGCCACCGAUGCAAGUAAGGGUGGCACGAAACGCUUGAAUUCGAGAUGCACCGGGCACGCCACCGCGCUAGUCAGUCAGGACCAGGGAGGGGGGUUGAGCCACAGGCCCCGCGACAGCCGAGGGCCGGGCCGGGGAGCCGCGAGGGAGGCCAUUAUUCGCCCUAUUCGCCUUCAUUCGCCUGCUCGGGAAUCAAUGCAGCUCAGCUCAGCACGAAGUCGCAAGGAGAAGGUCCGUAGCGACUUUGUCAGCAAGGCACCCCCCCCCUCUCCGCACGCUCUCCGCACCGUCCAAUGCCGCAAGCAAGCCGCUGCCGAUGCCGCUGUCGCUGCCGCUGCCGCUGCCGCCGCCCAAUGGCUGUAUGUAGAACAGAACGCGGCCUCAGGAACUGCAAAAACAACCAGCAAUUGUCAGCAAUUGUCAUGGCCAAUCCCGAUGCCUCGGAGCCCGCGACGAUGCCUCGAUUGCGUGGAGGAAAACGUGGCUGAUACGGCAUCCCAUGGGCCAUUGCUUGACCGCUCGGCACUUGACGCUGCACGGCAGCAGAGCGUUCUGGACGCCAAUGGAGUCGCUGCCGUGCACCCCGACUCAGGGUAUCAGGUCAUCACGGGUGAAUGGCGUCGCCGACGAAGAAGUGGAGACAAGUUGCGUGCCCUGGAUGGAACUCCGCCGAGUGGCUUGACGAUUGUCUCCCUGCUUGAACUCAAUCCACGUCACCGACUCAUCCCGCCGCGCCUGCCCUGCCAGCACGAAGCCACACUGUUGCCCUGCUUUGCCUUCUUCAUUGCUAUCCCUACCCCAUGGCCGAGAUUCCCGGCCUUCUCUGGCUACUGCAACACUACAAAUGACCACAGUAUCCGAACGACACGCUUCCGCCCCCAUCACCAGCUGAAAGUGACCAGCGACGACGCCGCCAAAAUCUUUUGGACACCGAGCAUCCCGUCUACGACGAAGCUGCCACGUGCUUGGGAGAAAAAAAAAACAUGUCGACACGGAGCUGUGCCCACGCCAGGACAAGAUCAGAUCUGCGCCUCUAGUAACAUGCUAGAUCCCAGCUCUGUCUCCUCAGCCUCUUCCUUGCUCUCCACACGAGAAGCCUAA